UUUCAAAGAAGGGAACACUUGUUUUGUCAUUUUAAACGCAAAGUUAUUUUUACGUUUUAAAAAGCUCCUCAAGUUUCAGAGUAUUUUCGCUGCAUAACAGAUCCUAUUGUUAAACAGAAAAAUGUCCGUUCCUCACAAAGUUGGGACAGUGAAAUCUAAACAGGCAACAAAUGUUAACACCCAGCCAAAGGCACCUGUGGCAAAGGUUGUCAAAGCUGCUGGAAAGAAGAAGGAUGAGGAGGAAGCAACAGACACAGCUGAAGGAGAAGAAUGGAUGCCGGGGAAGACUCUUGUGAAGCCUCCGGACCAGCUGGACUUAACUGAGGAAGAGCUCAAUGAAGAGAUUACCAGAGUACUAACAGCAAACAAUCCAAAUGCUCCACAGAACGUUGUCAGAUACGGUUUCAAAGAGGGUUGCUAUAAACCUAUCAUCUUUGUAGAUCAGAUGGCUAUUCACUUUGAACUAGAAGGGAAUCUUGUGCACAAGGAAUCUGAUGAAGGUCGGAGAUUGAUGGCUAAACAAGCUGAAAGGGAAGAUGGCACAGGAGCCGAGAAGCUAGACAAUGUGGCCAAAGCUGGCGAGAAAGAGCGGAAACUCACCAACCAGUUCAACUUCAACGAGAGAGCCUCUCAGACACUAAACAACCCUCCAAGAGAUAUAAGUUGUCAAACAGAGCCUCCUCCUCGUGCAAACUUCUCGGCUACAGCCAAUCAGUGGGAGAUCUAUGACUUUUACGUUGAGGAACUUAAUAGGCGAGAGAAAAGUAAAGAGAAGCAAGAGGGCCAGGUCCUACAUAAGGAGGAGGACAAAAGCAAGAAGAAAAUUAUUCAAGCAGAGACUCAGAGUGAUGACAUAACCCAACUAGCUCAUGCGGCCAAGAUCAUUGAGCGUAUGGUGAAUCAGAAUAUAUUUGAUGAGGUUGCACAAGAUUUCAUGUACUUUGAGGAUGCAGCUGAUGAAUUUCGAGGAGAGAAGGGCACUCUUCUCCCGCUGUGGAAACUCCAGUAUGAUAAAGCUAAAGGUCUGUCUGUGACUGCCCUCUGCUGGAAUCCUAAAUACAAUGAUUUGUUCGCUGUUGGUCUUGGGUCAUAUGAAUUUACCCAAGAGGAGCGUGGCAUGCUUCUCUUUUACACCCUGAAGAACUCUAGUUACCCAGAAUUCAUCUUCAACACAACCUCAGGCGUAAUGUGUGUAGACAUCCAUGAACAACUGUCCUACCUAGUGGCUGUGGGUUUGCAUGACGGUUGUGUUGCAGUCUACAACCUGAAGAAAAAGAGUGAUCAGCCCACUUAUAACAGCACAGCCAGCUCCGGGAAACACAGAGGCGCUGUGAUGCAGGUGAAGUGGCAGAAAGACGAUUUGGACAGUAAUCACAACUUCAUCUCUGUGUCCGCUGAUGGACGAGUGGUGUCUUGGACUCUGGUAAAGCAUGAACUAGUCUUCACAGACAUCAUCAAACUCCCAGCCACGGACAAAGUUCCUGAUGACCUUAAGGAUGUCAUUGCUACAGCUGGAACAUCUUUGGACUUUCAUAAACAAAAGGACUACCAUUUUCUUGUAGCCACUGAAGCUGGAAAGAUUCACAAGGGCUCCAAAUACUAUUCUAGCAAGUUCCUGGAGACGUAUGAUGCACACUUCAUGACAGUUAGUCGUGUGAGGUGGAAUCCCUUCCAUCCCAAUGUCUUCAUCUCCUGCGGCUGGGACUGGAUGGUGAAAAUAUGGGAUCAGACAAUUAAGUCUCCCAUUUUCACUUUUGAACUGAAAACUUCAGUGACAGAUGUGGCCUGGGCUCCAUACUCCUCCACUAUCUUUGCUGCUAUCACCAACGAUGGAAAGGUUCAUGUGUUCGACCUCAACAUCAACAAAUACGAGGCUCUCUGCCAACAAAAAGUGGUGUCCAAGAAGACCAGGCUCCUGCACAUCGAAUUCAACCCUGUCCAUCCCAUCAUCAUCGUGGGCGAUGACCGCGGCCAUGUCAUCAGCCUCAAGCUCUCGCCCAACCUCCGCAAGAAGCCUAAGGAGAAGAAGGGUCAGGAGUUGCCAAAGGGACCGGAGGUGGAAAUAGCAAAGAUGGAGCAACUGUUGAGCUCGCUGAGAUAACAUGGCAAGAGUCAUUAGAACUGAGGAAGAGUAAGACCAGGACGACUGCAAGUAUAUAUAUAUAUAUAUAUAUAUAUAUAUAUAUAUAUAUAUAUAUAUAUAUACACCGGUUAUUUCUGUCUCUUGAAUCUGAUUGGCUGGGAGUCUUUUCCAGCCGUGCGAUAUUUGCGCAGUAACAGCACUCUAACCGUUUCACCGUUUGUAUCACUCUGCUUGUGGCGACUGUCAUGGCGGUCGAGCAAAUCCACCAUAUUUUUAAUAACUACUGUAGUUGUGUCACGAAAUGUAGUUUUAAGAGUUUCUUAGGCAAGAAUGUAGUUAUUUAGACCUCAAAUAUGUGACUAAUAUAUAAUCUUAGUGCCUAUUUUACGAUCUGUUGAGGCGCUUUCG